GUGUGCAUUUCUAAUAAUUAUGAUUGCUUAGCCAUUAGAAUCUUUUGUACAUCUCUCAUUUUCACCCUGAUAGAGCUACAGUUAUUACCUGACUUGGUGAUAUUAUAUCAUUUUCUCAGGAGUUCCGAGAGCUGUGGUCGUUCCUGGAUGUGGUGGUGGAUGGAGGAGUCAUCUCUCAUGGAGGAAGAGGGGGAGAAGAGGAGGCCAGUAGACUGGGCUCUACUGUAGUGGACCUCAGUCACACCGGAUCAUUCUCCAUCAUCAGACAUGGAAUGCAUUACCAGCAGACUGUGAAGUUACUCAGAGAUGAAUAUCACUUGAAAGAAAUUGUCAUUUGAUCAUCAUUUCGUUUUAUUUAUCUCCCUCAAUCACUAAACUGGUGGAAAUUCCUGUAAUUUUGCAACUCUCUAAUUGAAUUCAUUCUCAUCAGUGAUAGAUAUCUGCCGCUAUAUAGCCAAAUUAGGAAGAAGUGGGUGGGAAAGGAAGAAUGUAUCAUGAAUACUCUUUAGACACCGACUCCCGCCACCGACUCGCUCCGCCAGGGUGAGACUCUUACUUGGUCGUGGCUAACACCGACAGAAUUACUGUCGUCUGAAGAUAUAUCUACAAGCAUUAAUUCAUGGAAAGGAGACGAAAAGUGUGGAAUUCACUGAAAAUUAUAUAAACUGCACGGAUCGAUGGAAAGGGAUUUUCGCAGGAACUGGAGGGAUUUUCAUCCACCAAUUGGGUCUGCUCUCAUGAUAGAUAAAUGACAGCACAGUCAUAAUCAUUGAAUUGAAUUUAGCAUUUGUGGAAUUUUGUUAUUGCGUUUGGUUAUAGGAUGACCGCAAUAAUGUAAAAACCCUAA